CGCCCCGCCGCGGCCUCGCUCUCUAUGCGGCUCCGGCUCCGCGAUGCCUGCCGGUCUGCCGAGGAGCCUGCGGCGGCUGCUGCUGCGCCUCUCCGUGUGGCUCCUAAUGGGCAGCUCGGUCCCCGCUCUGCUUCGGGCUGAAAUUAUGUCACCUGUAGACAGAGAUAAGGAAAAUGGAUUCCAGAUGCCAAACCUAUGCAAAUUUUGUGACAUUAAAGUAACAACCUGCUUAAACCAACAUGAAUGCAAGAGCAACUGCAACAUCACUUCUAUCUGUGAGAAUAAUAAUGAAGUCUGUGUUGCUAUAUGGAGACAGAAUGAUGAAAAUAAGACAUUAGAAACAAUAUGCCAUGAUCCCCAGAAAACUCUCUAUGGUCACAUGUUGGAUGACUCCAGCUCAGAGAAAUGUCUAAUGAAAGAAAAGAAGGACGAUGGAGGAUUGAUGUUCAUGUGCUCCUGUACAGGGGAAGAAUGCAACGACAUGCUCAUUUUUUCACCAGAGAACCCCCAUAAACCAGAGGAGAAAGAUGAAAUUUCCAAAGUCACAAUCAUAAGUCUUGUGCCAUUGCUGGUGAUUUCUGUUGCUGUGAUUGUUAUAUUUUAUGCCUACCGCACUCAUAAGAAGAGGAAGCUCAACAAGGCAUGGGAGAAGAAUGUUAAGCCCAGGAAGCAUAAGGACUGCAGUGAUGUUUGUGCCAUUAUGUUAGAUGAUGACCGCUCAGAUAUCAGCUCUACUUGUGCCAACAACAUCAACCACAACACGGAAUUGCUGCCCAUUGAGUUGGACAUUGUUGUUGGCAAAGGAAGGUUUGCUGAAGUGUAUAAAGCCAAACUGAAGCAAAAUACAUCCGAGCAGUAUGAAACCGUGGCAGUCAAGAUCUUCCCCUAUGAAGAAUAUGCCUCCUGGAAAACGGAAAAAGACAUUUUUUCAGAUGUAAACCUCAAACAUGAGAAUAUCCUCCAAUUCCUGACAGCAGAGGAGCGCAAGACAGAUCUUGGUAAACAGUAUUGGUUGAUCACUGCCUUCCAUGCUAGAGGGAACUUGCAGGAAUACCUCACGCGGCACAUUAUCAGCUGGGAGGACCUCUGGAAACUGGGUGGGUCCUUGGCCCGAGGGAUUGCCCAUCUGCACAGUGAUCACACACCCUGUGGUCGUCCCAAAACACCUAUUGUGCACAGAGACCUAAAGAGCUCCAACAUCCUCGUGAAAAAUGAUUUAACUUGCUGUCUCUGUGACUUUGGGUUAUCCCUGAGGCUGGAUCCUUCUCUGUCCGUGGAUGACUUGGCUAACAGUGGACAGGUUGGCACAGCAAGGUACAUGGCCCCUGAGGUUCUAGAGUCUAGGAUGAACCUGGAGAAUGUGGAGUCUUUCAAGCAAACAGAUGUGUACUCCAUGGCUUUGGUCCUCUGGGAAAUGACAUCUCGCUGUAAUGGUGUUGGAGAAGUGAAAGAGUAUGAGCCCCCGUUUGGCUCUAAAGUGCGAGAACACCCCUGUGUGGAAAGCAUGAAGGACAAUGUCCUAAGAGACAGAGGGCGACCUGAGAUCCCCAGCUCCUGGCUUAACCAUCAGGGCAUCCAGAUGGUGUGCGAAACUCUUAUUGAGUGCUGGGACCACGACCCCGAGGCACGGCUCACCGCGCAGUGCGUCGCCGAGCGCUUCAGCGAGCUCAAGCACCACGACAAACUCUCAGGACGGAGCUGCUCCGAGGAGAAGAUCCCUGAAGACGGCUCCGUGACCACCACCAAGUAGCAGCCGCCAAGAGCUCCCUAGUGGGGGGAAGUCACUCCCGAACACGUUCUGCUUGGCCGAGGAAGGAGUCCCGCUCAGUGCCUUGACUUGCUUCCUGGAGGACUGAAGCUGUCACUACUCCCUUUAAGCUGUGGCUCCGGACGGGGAGACCUAUUCAUGGGAACUGAAAGCCGGGGAGUAGGUGUCAUACCAUAGCAUUGGCUGCCGACAUCCUGCCACAGGAGGAGCUACAUGUGGUAGCACUUCCUCAGGAAACGAGAUUUGAGAAUAGCUAAUAACAUUAUGCACUUUAUUAAUGCCUGUAUAUAACUAUGAAAUUGCUAUUUAUAUAUAUAUAUAUAUGUGUGUAUAUAUAUAUAUAUAUAUAAAUGUGUGUGUGUAUAUAUAUAUCUAUAAAUAGCCAUGCUCUGAAAAAAAACAGUUACAGUGCUUCCAGGAAAUCAGCAGUGCAUUAGAGAGCCCUUCCCGCUGGGGAAAGAGAAUGGAGAGACUGGCUUGUCAUGGCACCAGCAGUUGUGCACUAAGCACCCUGCCAAAACAGAUAGGAAUAACAUGCAAUAAGAAGGUGGCUUUCAAAGCAUAUGUACACACCGGGUUGUGGCCCUGCAGUCUGCGGUUGCAGGAGCAGUGUCACAGCAGACAGGCAGAUGUGGCUGUUACAGUUGUGAGUGACUAUGCAGUCCUGCCUGCAGCACAUCGCGAAGGCUCAGCAGAAUGCCAUUGCUCCCUCGCCUUAACCCCCAAAUCCUCUCAAUAUCCCAUAUCGGCAGUGCUAGAAGGUUUGGUCCAUCCCACAAUUUUGUUGCCAUGCAGAGGCCAUUGGUGUUGUACGUUUAUUGCUUUGAAUUUACACUGCUUGCAAGCAGGUUGCAAAAUAUCGGCAGGAUGAGUUUUCUCCUCCUCACAUCCCCACCCCCAAACCAUACAAAACAAGGCAUCGAGCAGUGAUCCAAACAGGUGUUUUAUAUUUGCUGUGCAUUCUGCAUAGAGGCGGUGCUUUUUUUUUUGCUUCCCUUUACCUUGGUUGUACUGCUGUUAGAGCAAACAUAUUUUUCCCUGUACAGCGUGUCUAAUUGCUUGACACGCCGCAGCCUGAUUUUGUGCUGUGCCUUCCAGAAAAAAGUAAGAAAUAACAGCCAGUGCCUUGAUUUUUGCAUGAGGACCUUAGUGGUGAGGGAGAGCUCCAUAAUAGCAGCUAAUGGCAUACCCUGCCCACAGGACUGCUUGCGUAUAGGAGAGCCCUCAGCUAGUCAGUGGUUAGCAGUGAUUAGUUUGGAGAGGCAGUUGAUAUCACAGUGGACUUACGUAAAUGACAAUGUUGUGGUUUGUAAAUGUUACUGGUGUUGUCUUCAGGUGUUUUUUGCUUUUUUUUCUUCACCAGGGCGUGUAAGUGGUCUCAGAAAUUAGAAAUUCAGCCAGCACAAAGCAAUUCUGCACAGAUGAAUAUGUAUCUGGUCAAUGUAUUGAAAGCCUUUGACAGAUAAACAUUUAUAUUUCUAGAAGACAGGUAAAUCAAUAGGAAUCAUGUUUUUUUCAAAUAGGAGUUUAGAUUUAUGAUGAGAAAUAUUUUAUUUAAAAUGGUUUCAUAUUUGCUAGGGGAGGGUUAAACCAAAGUACUCAGAAGUAUUUAAACGAAGCGGUGCAAAAACCUCAGCAACUACAGUUAGAUCUUACGUCAAAUUUUAUGGGGGGGGGGAGGAUUUUAAAAAAAAGGAAAAGGGGAAAAUAAAAUAAAAACAAAAAGACCCAAGAGAAACCCCCAAUGCAAAAGCCCCCCGCGGCGCUGCCGGCGAGGGCGCCGCGCCGGCGCCCGCUGCCCUCUAGCGCCGGCCCGCGGCACUGCGCCGCCGCCGCCGCCUUUGCGCCGCCGGGAGAGGACGAGGUUGUUUCGUGGUGGUUUCUCCCUCAUUUCACGUUGAAGGUCAAGGGAUAAAGUCCGGUAGGUCCUGACAAUACUGACAUUUUUUUCCUCUCUCUCUCUCUCUUUUUUUUUUUUUACUACUACAUGUAAAGGAGAAUUUUUGUUCUUUUAGGGAAUACUUCACCUGUACAUCAUGUAUGAAAUAGGAAUGUGAACAAUAUAUACUCUCGUUUAUCAAAUGUUUCAAGCACUUAACUUGCUUUGUAAACAAUGUUUUUUGUAUAAAAUCAAAUGUUUAUUAGAGCAAAUAAAAUAACAUCGACUUGA